UUAUGUGAUGAAUUGUCUCCCCACGUCUACGGAUAAACCCUUUGUGUCACGUCUAUUUACAAAAAAAAAAGCUUGCAGCUUCCAUUUUUCAUUUCUCUGAUAAAAAAGUUAAUCCUAUUACAUAUCCCUUCUCGAACACUCAAAAUCAUCUUUUGAAGCUGAUGUCGUUGAAGCUCCACCAUCAGAAUCUUCCUUCAUCUAGUUCUUCUAUUUCACGUCCUUCAGUUAAAGCAGCGAGGAACUAUUAUUUCAGCAGAAAAAUAGUAGGUUUGGAUCACCUGAUAUACAAUCAAUGCAAUACAAGGAGGAGAUGCCACAAAAAACUUUAUUUGUUACAGGGUGGAAAUCGUGAUCUUAAUCCUCGAACAUCGAGGAUAUUACACCUUUUGCCUUUUGCUUCUGCUGAGGAUGGGGUGUCAGUCAAUGGUAGUUCCAGACCAACUACAAGCAGUGAUAUGGAGGAAAUGAGACUAAAACUAGAUAUAUCUCUGCAAGGUGAAGAUAAUGGUUCUGGACUUGUCCAAUCGCUGCAUGAUGCUGCAAGAGUAAUUGAGCUAGGACUUAGACAACAAGGCUCAUUAUCCAGGGUAUCCUGGUUUUCAACUGCCUGGUUGGGCGGUGAUAGAACUAUUUGGAUCAAGGAGCUAUCUUAUCAGGCAUCUGUAUACUCUCUACUGCAAGCAGCAAUUGAGAUUUUAUGUCGAGGAGAUGAAAGAGAUAAUGAUAUCAACAUUUUCACGCAGAGGAGUUUAUCAAGGCAAUCUGCUCCUUUGGAGAGCUUGAUUAGAGAUAGUUUAUUAGCCAAGCAACCUGAAGCUUAUGAUUGGUUUUGGUCUGAGCAAAUUCCAGCAGUGGUUACCACCUUUGUGAAUUACUUUGAGAAGGAUCUGCGAUAUGCUGCUGCUACUGCAGAGACCAGAAAGCAAACAUCUCUAUCUCCUCGAAAUGCAAGUGAUGUAUCACUCCUUAUGCUUGCACUCAGUUGCAUUGCAGCGAUUAUGAAACUUGGUGCUGCAAAACUGUCGUGUACACAAUUUUCGUCUCUUGUUCCAGACACACUUGGAAGAUUGAUGGACAUGCUUGUCGAAUUUAUUCCUCUCCGACAGGCUUAUCAUUCCGUGAAGCCUAUUGGUCUGCGUAGAGAAUUUCUUGUCCAUUUUGGUCCCAGAGCUGCAGCAUGUAGAGUACAAAAUGAAUCAGGAACUGAAGAGGUUAUACUCUGGGUGAGUCUUGUCCAAAAGCAGCUUCAACGAGCUAUAGAUCGAGAGAGAAUAUGGUCCAGACUCACCACAAGUGAGAGUAUCGAGGUUCUGGAAAAGGAUCUGGCCAUAUUUGGUUUCUUUAUUGCUUUGGGAAGAAGCACAAAGGCUUUUCUUUCUGAAAAUGGAUUUGAUACUCUUGACGAGCUGAUUGAAGAAUUAAUUAGGUAUCUAAUUGGGGGCAGUGUACUGUAUUAUCCUCAACUUGCAUCAAUAAGUUCUUAUCAACUGUACGUGGAGGUUGUGUGUGAAGAGCUAGACUGGCUUCCUUUUUAUCCAGGCAUUACUGCUAAUUUUAUCCGUAAUACUGGGCACAAAAGUAAACAAGAAGUUCCUCCAAAUUUAGAAGCCAUUCCACUAGUAUUAGACGUGUGCUCUUACUGGAUCCAGAGUUUCAUUAAAUAUAGUAAAUGGCUGGAGAACCCUUCUCAUGUCAAGGCAGCAAGAUUCCUUGCAACUGGGCACAACAAGCUUAAGAAGUGCAGAGAGGAUCUCGGAAUUGAGAAGACUCGCGUGGGAGCUUAUUCACAGAUCAAGAAAGAAACAGAUUCCUUUGAUAAGGCACUGGAGAGUGUCGAAGAGGCUUUGGUAAGGCUAGAGGUAUUGCUUCAAGAACUGCAUAUGUCAAGUGCUAGUUCACAGAAGGAGCACUUGAAAGCUGCAUGUUCUGACCUUGAAAGGAUUCGUAGAAUUAAAAAAGAGGCUGAAUUUCUUGAGGUUUCAUUUAGAACGAAGGCAGCUUUCCUACAGCAGGAAGAAGAUGCUACUAUGUCUACAUCAUCAAGUGGGGACAAGCAACAGUUCUCUAAACGCAAGGACAACAAGGAUGGUCAAAAUAGGAGUGGGAAUAACAGGAUACAGGGAUUAUGGAGCUUCGUUGGUCGUCGGCCUAGCAAAUCAGCAGACCAGGCAUCAUCGACUCCUAAUGAGAUUGGUGAUGAUGGCUCUAAAGAACUUUCAGAGAGUACAGGCGUUAUGGAUUCAAAGUCAACUGAAGUUCGAAGGUUUGAACUAUUAAGGAGUGAGCUAAUGGAACUGGAGAAGCGGGUUCAAAGAAGUGCUGAUCAAUAUGAGUAUGAGGAGGAGGAAAGUCAGAAGGUGGAUCGCACUUCCACGCAUCCUGCAGGAGCUGAAAGAACUCAAUUGGUUCUUCAGAAGAAAAAGGAGAGUGUUAUUGAGAAAUCCUUAGACAAACUGAAAGAAACUAGCACGGAUGUUUGGCAAGGAACUCAGCUUCUCGCUAUCGAUGUUGCUGCAGCUUUAGGGCUCCUUCGGAGGUCCAUAGUAGGGGAUGAGUUGACAGAAAAAGAGAAACAAGCAUUGCGGAGAACUUUAACUGACUUGGCAUCAGUUGUACCUAUUGGAUUUCUUAUGCUUCUCCCUGUUACAGCAGUUGGGCAUGCUGCUAUGUUGGCUGGAAUUCGAAGAUAUAUGCCAUCUCUGAUACCUUCUACAUAUGGACCAGACAGAUUAGCCCUCCUAAGGCAGCUUGAGAAAGUCAAGGAAAUGGGAACUGAGGUGAAUCCAACUGAAAAGGCUGAUGAAUAGCCCAGGUUAAAGCAUACGAAAACAGCUAAUCAUAUAGUUCCACCGUCAAAUUCAUUUCAACUUGGUUUUAUAUCCAUUCAACAGUAGAUAGGCGUAAAGAAGUUCAUUCCAAGAGUCUGGCACUCCCGGUAGGCACCAGUGGCUGCAGUCUUGUGGUGCACCAGCCGGGGUGCCAGGUUCACGAUAUUCUGAAGGGUGACCAUCUUUCCUGAACUCACUUAGAUAUGUGAUGUUUAGGAAGGUCAUGUUUCUUCUUGUAUUUUGCAUUUUCUCAACUACCUCAGAAAUGAAUAUAUUGUUGGUUGGCUCUUUCUCCA